AUGGCUCCCGCAAGCAAAAAUCGGGUGUUUGUAAUCGGCGUAGGCAUGACAAAGUUUGACAAGCCCGGAGCUCGAGGUGACUAUGACUACCCUGACAUGGCCAAAGAAGCAGGUCAAAAGGCUCUUGCAGAUGCAGGGAUCCCAUACUCCGCAAUUGAACAAGCCUGUGUGGGAUAUGUCUAUGGGGACUCCACAUGUGGGCAGAGGGCCAUUUAUCACAGCCUGGGCUUAACUGGCAUCCCUAUCAUAAAUGUCAAUAAUAAUUGCUCCACCGGCUCCACUGCACUGUUCAUGGCACGGCAGUUGAUUCAAGGAGGUCUCUCAGACUGUGUGCUUGCACUGGGAUUUGAAAAGAUGGAGAGGGGAUCUUUGUCCUCAAAGUACAUGGAUCGAACCAGCCCUAUGGAUAAACACAUGGAAGUGAUGAUCAACCGUUACGGUAUGGUGGCCGCUCCACCAGCUGCGCAGAUGUUUGGCAAUGCCGGCAGAGAGCACAUGGAAAAAUAUGGCACUAAACCAGAGCACUUUGCCAAAAUUGCUUGGAAAAACCACAAACAUUCCACCAACAAUCCUUAUUCUCAGUUCCAAGAUGAGUAUACUUUGGAGCAAGUUAUGAACUCGAGGAAGGUGUUUGAGUACCUUACGCUUCUGCAGUGCUGUCCUACAUCAGAUGGGGCUGCCGCUGUAGUUUUGGCAAGUGAGAACUUUGUUCGGCGUCACCAUCUGGAGGAGCAGGCAGUGGAGAUCCUAGCCCAAGAGAUGGUGACUGACUUGACCACUACGUUUGAUGAAAACAGCUGCAUUAAGAUGGUGGGUUACGACAUGUCCCGUCUGGCAGCCAAAAAGUGCUUUGAAACAUCAGGUCUGCAGCCUGCUGAUGUUGAUGUUGUGGAGCUUCAUGACUGCUUCUCUGCUAAUGAACUGAUCACUUAUGAAGCACUGGGAUUGUGUCCUGAAGGAAAAGGAGCAGAGCUGAUUGACAGAGGGGACAACACAUAUGGUGGCAAGUAUGUGAUUAACCCCAGUGGUGGCCUCAUCUCCAAGGGACAUCCUUUAGGAGCAACAGGUCUGGCUCAAUGUGCUGAGCUCUGCUGGCAACUCCGAGGCCAGGCUGGCAGGAGGCAAGUCUCUGGGGCCAAAGUAGCCUUACAGCACAACAUUGGCUUAGGAGGAGCUGUGGUUGUCACUCUUUACAGAAUGGGAUUCACACAGGAUCCCAGGUUACAUGUUAGCGCAGUGGCCACUAGUGCAGGCAACAGCUUGGAGGGAUUUAAAGCAUAUGCUGUCUUUAAGGAGAUUGAAAAACAUCUGCAGGAGGAAGGUGCACAGCUUGUCAAGAAGGUUGGUGGCGUGUUUGCUUUUCAAGUGAAAGAUGGACCGGAUGGGAAGGAAGCCACUUGGUUUGUGGAUGUGAAGAACGGCAACGGUUCAGUCACCAAUAAGUCAGGUACAAAGGCUGACUGCACCUUGACCAUGAGUGAUCAAGAUCUUCUUGAUCUGAUGACAGGAAAAUUGAAUGCACAAAUGGCUUUUUUCAAAGGAAAGCUGAAGAUUGCUGGGAAUAUGGGUAUGGCCAUGAAACUGCAGAACCUUCAAGUGUCACCAGGAAAAGCCAAACUCUGA